CAAGAAUUUGCCAAUAUUUCAUAUAAGUUGUUACAGCAAAUCCGAAUCCGGAAUUUUGUCCGUAAAAGUUGGAAUAAAUAAAACGGACAUUUUGUCCAUCUUAAUCAUUUUCCAUCUGACGACGGCGCGUGAUGACAAUCUAGUGUAAGCGCGUGAGUGAACUAAAGAGACCAAUACAAUUUUUUCUUACCGAACCAAAACAAAGCUUGUUAGCAAAUAGUACACACAAUCUAUCUCUCUCUCCUAUUCUCUCUCUCAUCAAAAUGGAGAAUUCGCCAAGAUACAGAGAUGCUUCGACGAAUCCGAUUCCAUCUCCUCGAUGCAGUAGCAGCAGCACUGAAAGCAACAAGCCACCCACAACUCCGACCCGAAACCUAACCCCAAGAUCCGAAUCCGGAAACCCGUACCCGACAACUUUCGUCCAAGCCGAUACCACUUCCUUCAAGCAAGUCGUCCAGAUGCUAACCGGAUCCUCAGACAGACCCAAACACCACAACAACAACACAUCGUCUCUUAAACCCGACCCGAGAUCCUCCUCUCCUUCCCAAUUCUCUAUCCCUCCGAUCAAAGCCGUCCCCAACAAGAAACACUCUUCAGGGUUCCGUCUCUACGAGCGUCGUAACUCGAUGAAGCACCUCAAAAUCAACCCGUUAAACCCGGUUUUCAACCCGGUUAACUCGCCCCGGAAACCCGAGAUCCUCUCUCCGAGCAUCCUCGAUUUCCCGUCUCUCGUACUCAGCCCGGUUACUCCUCUUGUACCCGACCCGUUUAACCGGUCCGGAUCAUCGAAUCAGAGCUCCAACGACGAGGAAGAGAAGGCUAUGAAAGAGAAGGGGUUUUAUUUGCACCCGUCUCCGGCGACAACUCCGAUGGAUUCUGAGCCUCGUCUUCUUCCUCUGUUCCCGGUGACUUCUCCUAGAGUCUCAGGUUCUUCUACAGCUUCAUGAAAACACAUUAAUUUUUUUUUUUUGUGAUCUUACUAUGUAUUAUACGAGGGAAAUUGUAACGCUGAGAUGAGAUGUUUGCGAUUUGAAAUUAUCGCCUUCAAUUGUAUUUUAAUAUAUCUCUAUGGUUUUAUUGA